AUAUAUUUUCUAAAAAUCUGUUUGAGUAAAAUCACUUUCCUCCAAAAUAAUAAAUUUAAUUAUUUCGCAUUAUUUUAAAUAAAUUUUUAGUAUAUAUAAUAAUACAUUCAUAUUUAUUUACAUAUUUAACGUUUAUGUACAUAUUUCAUUUAUUUACAUAAUCCAUUUAUUUACAUAUGGGACUGUAACAUUUCAGUUGGACUGGAAGCCGAGUAGCUCCUGUUUCGGCGCAGAAGCCUCGUUGUGUCUCUUGGGUGAUUUAACGAGACAUGGAACACUCGAAAUUGUCGGUAGAAAGGCCAACGCCUCAGAAUUGACUCGAAAACUUUUUACGGACGGGAUGUUAUCUUUAUCAGGACCUCACUCAUUAUUUGGCAAAAGCUUAGUUAUUUAUGACGAUCAUGGCCCAGUUGCGAGGGGAGAUCGAUUGGCCUGUUCCAUUAUUGGUGGCGUCUAUCGGCGUAAAGCGGUUGUCAGAGAUUGGUUUGGUAAUGGCGAACAAAUAUCCUUGAGUGGAAAAUUGGAGCUAUUGCAACAGACCGAAUACGAUGUCACUAACGUGGAAGUAUCUCUCGAAGGUCUUGAUGGAAAAAUGAGCGGAUAUCAUAUUCAUAUGGUAAUAUUUAUUGCAUUAGCGGGUUAAGAAGGUGAUUUCCGGCCCCGCGCGUAAUCGAU